AUGUCAGGAGACAAUUCCGCCCUAGAUGUCGUCCUAGUCACUCAGCUGCCCCCAGACGGUUGGUUCGAGGGUUUCGCGAUUCGCCCCAGCAAUCACAUCCUGGUGCCAGACCUCAAUAGCCCGGUGGUCUACGAUCUGGAUCCCGAGGACCCAGACUCGGAGCCGCAGAUCGUUUAUACUUUUCCAGAUGUCGUGGCGACGCUCAACUUAUGUCCCGUUCCUGGCCGAGCCGAUACAUACACCGUCCUGACGGCGGAUUUCUGUGACCUGGCCGCGUCCAGAUGGGAGGGAUUCGCGGUAUGGCAACUGGACCUGAGCGCGCCAGCUUCGCCAAAAGCAGCGAAGACCGGAGAUCUGAAGGAUAUAGUCCUUCCGCUAGGUCUAUGUCCAGUAGCCGAGCGAUUUGCGCUCGUGGCGGACUCGACAAAAGCAUGCAUCUCGGUCUUGGACGUAACGAAGGGCACAAGCACAACUUUGUUGACGGAUAAGGCGUCCAUGGAGCCUCAGGGGGAGAAUGGAAUCUUUGGAAUCAACCGGCUAAGCAUCGCCGGUGGAUACAUCUGGUAUUCGAAUUUCAGCGGUGGCACGAUACAUCGUGCGCCCUACAAAAUGGAACCAGCCGAUGGUCAGACCCCUUUACGCAUCGUGGGCCCAGUCGAGUUGGUGACGGAUAACCUCAUACAUUGCGACGGAUUUCAUGUGAGCUCGGACGGGAAGACGGCGUACACGGCGAACUGUCUGGACGGCUGCCUCGUAGAAACCGAUCUGACGAAAGUCGGGGGCGGAGGCGCCAGCUCCAAGCAGGUUUUGGAUCGGCUCAUCAGUCCGACGUGCCUCGAGAUCGGGACAGACGCCAACGGGAAACGUAAGGUCUUCGUGAUUUGUUGUGGAGAGAUCGAGGUUGGCUGGAUGACCGGCGGUCCAUCGUGGAAGGAUAUUGCAAAUGCCACCGUGGCGACCGUGGAAGUGACUGUUUCGACCGAGUAG